AUGAGUAAAAAAUUGAUUGCUUUUAUAGCAGUGUUAUACUUCUUAGAAGUUGCUUUCGCUGCUGAUUGUGCUAUUUGUAAAUAUAGCUCUACUGGUAAUGACACUGGUGCUGCAUGUACCGACUGCCCUGUAGGAGAAUGUACAACUGGAACUGGAACUAUUGGAGCUGAUAAAAGUGUAUGUACUACUAAAGCAUGUGCUAAAGGUAGCUAUUCUAACUUAGGAUUUGAUACAAACGGAUUAGGAGCUGGAUGUAAUGCUUGUAAUCCAGGUACAUCAACUGCAAAUGCUUAAACUGUAGGUGAUUCUUAAGAUGCUUGCACUGCUAGACCAUGCGCUAAGGGUAGCUAUUCUGACUCAGGAUUUGAUACAAACGGAUUAGGAGCUGGAUGUAUUGCUUGUAAUUAAGGUACAUCAACUGUAAAUGCUUAAACUGUAGGUAAUUCUUAAGAUAUUUGCACUCUUAAAGAAUGUGCUAAAGGUAGCUAUUCUGACUCAGGAUUUGAUACAAAUGGAUUAGGAGCUGGAUGUAAUGCUUGUAAUCCAGGUACAUCAACUGUAAAUGCUUAAACUGUAGGUGAUUCUUAAGAUGCUUGCACUGCUAGACCAUGCGCUAAGGGUAGCUAUUCUGACUCAGGAUUUGAUACAAACGGAUUAGGAGCUGGAUGUAAUGCUUGUAAUCCAGGUACAUCAACUGCAAAUGCUUAAACUGUAGGUGAUUCUUAAGAUGCUUGCACUGCUAGACCAUGCGCUAAGGGUAGCUAUUCUGACUCAGGAUUUGAUACAAACGGAUUAGGAGCUGGAUGUAUUGCUUGUAAUUAAGGUACAUCAACUGUAAAUGCUUAAACUGUAGGUAAUUCUUAAGAUAUUUGCACUCUUAAAGAAUGUGCUAAAGGUAGCUAUUCUGACUCAGGAUUUGAUACAAACGGAUUAGGAGCUGGAUGUAAUGCUUGUAAUCUAGGUACAUCAACUGCAAAUGCUUAAACUGUAGGUGAUUCUUAAGAUGCUUGCACUGCUAGACCAUGCGCUAAGGGUAGCUAUUCUGACUCAGGAUUUGAUACAAACGGAUUAGGAGCUGGAUGUAUUGCUUGUAAUUAAGGUACAUCAACUGUAAAUGCUUAAACUGUAGGUAAUUCUUAAGAUAUUUGCACUCUUAAAGAAUGUGCUAAAGGUAGCUAUUCUGACUCAGGAUUUGAUACAAACGGAUUAGGAGCUGGAUGUAAUGCUUGUAAUCCAGGUACAUCAACUGCAAAUACUUAAACUGUAGGUGAUUCUUAAGAUGCUUGCACUGCUAGACCAUGCGCUAAGGGUAGCUAUUCUGACUCAGGAUUUGAUACAAACGGAUUAGGAGCUGGAUGUAUUGCUUGUAAUUAAGGUACAUCAACUGUAAAUGCUUAAACUGUAGGUAAUUCUUAAGAUGUUUGCACUCUUAAAGAAUGUGCUAAAGGUAGCUAUUCUGACUCAGGAUUUGAUACAAACGGAUUAGGAGCUGGAUGUAAUGCUUGUAAUCCAGGUACAUCAACUGUAAAUGCUUAAACUGUAGGUGAUUCUUAAGAUGCUUGCACUGCUAGACCAUGCGCUAAGGGUAGCUAUUCUGACUCAGGAUUUGAUACAAACGGAUUAGGAGCUGGAUGUAAUGCUUGUAAUCCAGGUUCAUCAACUGUAAAUGCUUAAACUGUAGGUGAUUCUUAAGAUGCUUGCACUGCUAGACCAUGCGCUAAGGGUAGCUAUUCUGACUCAGGAUUUGAUACAAACGGAUUAGGAGCUGGAUGUAAUUCUUGUAAUCCAGGUACAUCAACUGUAAAUGCUUAAACUGUAGGUAAUUCUUAAGAUGUUUGUAAUCUUACUCUUAAAGCAUGUCCUGCUGGAUAAUAUAGUGAUUCAUCUUUUGAUACAGAUGGUAAAGGAGCAGGUUGUAUUCAAUGUGGUGCUAAUACUUUUUCUACUCAAGGUGCUACUUCUUGUACUUCUUGCACUAAUGAUCGUACCUCUCCAGCUGGAUCUACUGAUGUCACUGCUUGUGUAUGCCCAUAAAGUAAAUCUGGUCCAACAGAUGGUAUCAGUGUAUGUUCUAAUAGUACUACUAGUGGUUAAAAAAUCACUGUUUUUGUAUCACUCAUUUUUAUUUUAAUGUCUGUAUUGUGA